AUGGGUCUCGGUCAGUCAACCGAACAGGCGGGCCACUCGCCAGAGCAAUUGAGCCAUGUGCUGGCCGAACGGUUCGCGACCAAAUGCUUCACCCCGCUGGAGCUUACUCACUUCAAAGACAACUUCUUCUCUCGUGCCAUAGACCAGGAGGGCAUCAAAUACUGGAGCGAGAAGAUCCUUUCCGACUUCUUGGGUAUCCCGGAUAGUAGUGACUCGCACUGCCCGCUGGAUGCGGGGCCGGUGCUCUUCCGUAUGGUCUCGUACUUGGGAGCGUUUCCCUUCCAGAAUACAAUGGCCCCCAGCGUCCUGACUUUCGAGGCCAUGGUGAAAGUGGUCGUGCUGUUGACGGAAAGAUAUGGGAAAGUUCUGAGACGAGCGCGUAGGGACCGCGUCAAGCUAUUGUUCGGGAGUCUAGCUGAUGUUGGGAGGCGCGGUGCUGGUCAACCUCCAGACGAGAAUGCCGACAACAAGGAGGAAGAUAAAUCAUCCACGGCCAAAUCGCAUGCUACAGGCUUUGCGGUUGAUGACCCUGCUAAUGACAACUACGAGGACGAUGAGGACGAUGACGACCUCGUGCUCGCAGCGUUGGAGUCUUUGGAUGCUAUUGAUGUGUUCAAGCAUGACUCUCGUGUUGACAAGACGGUCUACGAAGCCCGGAUCUCAGUCGCAACGUUUCGUCGUCUUCUCAUGCUUCUGAUCGUCAUCGCUCCAUUGAGCUCUCUUGAACCUGUGAAGAAGUACACUUCUGAUCUCAACGAGGAGCGAAUGGACAACGUCCGACAAGAAGCCGAUAGCAUCCUGGCUGCUUUCGACCUCAAUAAAUCAGCUGACGGGAUCAGCUUUCAAUCAUUUUCCGAGAUCGUCUCAGGCUCCUUGCCAUAUCUCUUUGAUCCGUUGACGACGCUCUUCGAGCAUCUUCUUUUCAGCAAGAACCUGGAUCUUUCCCAGAAGCGGGGCGGGACCGAAACAACAAUUGUAGCGGACACGGCAGAGGAAGUAUCAGAAAGUCCACUGUCAUCCCCAUCAUCUAUCAUGCUCCCUGGCAGCUUCGAGUCGACGAUCCUGAAACCGAGUGCUAUAUCCCAUCUCUCAUUCUUCCUCUCCUCCCCUGCAACGGACGUCAACCUCCUCCGUGGCAAUAUGCGCCUGCACCCUGUCUUCUCCACAGUGGCACAUGGCUCAUCUUUAACUUCCUUCUCCCACAAUGUCCUCACAUGGAAUUCGGGUACGCUUCUCCUGCUCGAGGGCGCUGUUACUGAGUCGUCGGACCGCGGGGUAGGCACGAUUACUCUAGGAGCAUAUCUUCCACAGCACUGGAAAUCAGGUCCAUUAGCCCACUCCCCAUCUAGACCAUUCGAUUCCUUAUCUCUACCCUGUCUUUUCGAGCUAUCUCCAAAACAUCUGCUCAUGCAAGGAAACACCUCCCCUUCGGUUCAUAAACCCAAUGCACCCUCGGCAUACUUCUCCACAAACACAGGCAUCGCAAUCGGCUGUCAGAUCCCCCCUCCCUCCCGAAGUCAACAAUUCGAGCCCACGCCACUUGGCGCAGGCAGUUUGAUCAUCGACGCUAGCCUCGAGUCUGCAACCUUCUAUGCCUCGCCCAUCGGACACAACGGCGUCUUCCUCCCCUCCCCUUCUGUGUCUAAGAAUGGGUCUGAAACCACAUCCAAAAUGCAAAUAGAUAUCUACACGCUCGAGGUCUGGGGGCUGGUCCCCGACCCCUCGGAUGAGACGCUAACUGAGCCGGGCCACAACGCGAUCGAGCGGCAACGCGCAAGGUGGGACUUUGAAGCCCGCGAGGCGGAACGGAGACGGAGCUUGAAUCUGAAGGCUGGGGCAGGCGACUCAGCCAUGGAAGGUGCGAGAUGGCUUCUGGAGACUGCUGGGUUAAUUGGUGAUCGGCCGGGACGAAGUGGCGGUAGUAUGUGA